GGAAAAGAAAAAGUCAAAAACAUUUUAUUCAUCUUUGUUUCAUCAUCUGUAUUUAACUUUUUUAUCUACGUGUUUAGACGGUUUCCGCAAUUAUAUUACUGCAACAAAGAAAUAACUCAAAGUACGUCAUUACCAUCAAUCCAAGUGACGUGCGUGUGUGUUGCGAGGAGGGAGGGAGGGCGAGCGGGCGGCAAAAACACACAAGUCCAUGAUUGAACUACUGACUACAGUAUAUAAGGUUGUGGCCACUGGCUCAGAGAGAACCAGCGGAGCAAGACGCAGGAAAAACUGGAGCAUUCAAUGGGCUUUAAUUGAACUCUGCAGGUGAGAAAGUCAGGAGCAGGAUCCUCAACUCUGACAAAAAAAAAACGUUUCAGCUUCCCAGUUAGGUUACAGUUUCAGCCUUUAGUGAAGAUGCUGUGGAGGGUGACCGUUGCCUUGGCCGUGAUGUGCGUCGGAGGCGCAUGCAACAGCGUGGGAGCCGAUGUGAUGAGCAGACUGAUCGUGCCCAGGGACUAUGGGGUGAAACUGUGCGGGAGAGAGUUUAUCAGAGCUGUCAUUUUCACCUGCGGGGGCUCUCGGUGGAAACGGUCCACAGAGGGGGAAGAGGAGCCGUUCCACUGGACUUCCCUCGGUGAUGCUGCACCCGGAGCCGAGCGGAGGACCUGGCAGCAUGACACAGAUCUCAGAGACGAUAACUCUCCUCUCCCCUUUGCUCCCUCCAACUCGCUAGCUGACCUCUUGACCCUCUUCACAGUCACAAACGAGAGACAACACUCCUCUUCAGGCUCCACAGGCCUGCCGAGGGAGUCCAUAGCUUUUGGUGAGCAGGAGGAGAGUAAAGACGCAGCUGACCGGCUUGUAGUGACCAAGAAGAAGAGAAACUUUUCUCUGGGCGUGGCGGGGAUGUGCUGUAACCAAGGCUGCACCAAGAACGAUAUCGGACGGUUGUGCUGAGGCAGAAAGGAGAAAAGGCUGGUGUGAUGAUAAAGAUUAGGCACUGUACAAUAAUUUGUUUUGAGCAAAAAGAAGGGAAUCAUUUGGUUCAUAUUUGUUUAAUAGCAGCCAUUAACUGUUUGUCUUUGAACUUAUUUUAAUAAAAUUUAUGUUCUGUAUGUUGACUGUCGCCUUCCUUGAAAUGUGAAUAAAUUUGAAGUACUGCAGGACGACUCAUUAACACAAUGUCAUUAUGCUUAAAUGACAGUGACUUUUCCU